UGGAAAAAAACUAAGUCCUUAAAAUUAAGACUUAUUCUGCCAUAAAAUGUCGCUGAAAAUGCCUAAGGCGCCUGGCCCGGCGCUAUUUAAAGAGGGUUAUAGGACUCAGCAGGGCGUAGAAGACGUUGUUGUCCGAAAUAUUCAUGCAAUUAGUGAACUUUCUGAGAUUGUACGGACUUCGUAUGGCCCUAACGGAUACAAUAAGAUCAUUGUUAAUCACUUGGCUAAAAUGUUAGUGAGUUCAGAUGCAUCAACAAUUCUUGAGGAAUUGGAUAUAGUUCAUCCAGCAGCAAAAGUAAUUGUUAUGGCUAGUAAACAGCAAGAUUUGGAGAUGGGGGAUGCAACAAAUUUUGUUUUAAUAUUUGCUGGAGAGCUUUUAAAACAUGCAGAAGCACUUAUUAGAAUGGGACUUCAUCCUUCUGAAAUUGCGGAAGGAUAUGAGAUAGGUCGAGAUUUUGCUUUGAAGACAUUAGAGGAAUUAUCGGUAGAUAAAGUGGAAGAUGUUAGAUCUAGUGAAGAGAUUUUGAAAGCAAUUAAAUCAUCUAUUUCAUCGAAACAAUUUGGAUUUGAAAAGUUACUUGGAAGUCUUGUUGCAGAAGCGGCGUUAUUAGUACUUCCUAAGAAUACAUUACAUUUUAAUGUUGAUUCUAUUCGUGUUGUAAAAGUUUUGGGUGGAUGUUUGGAUGAAUCGAGAGUUGUUAAAGGAAUGGUUUUUCCUAGAGAUCCAGAAGGAAUUGUUCGAAAAGCUUUGAAAGCAAAAGUUGGUGUAUUUUCAUGUCCAUUAGAUAUAAGUCAAACGGAAACAAAAGGAACCGUUCUUUUAAGAAAUGCUAAAGAAAUGCUUGAGUUUAGUAAAGGCGAAGAAGUUCUUUUAGAAUCGAUGGUUAAAGAGCUUUUUGAUUGUGGAAUUAGGGUUAUUGUUACAGGUGGGGGUAUAGGUGACCUUGUAUUACAUUAUUUGAAUAAAUAUAAUUUGUUGGUUAUAAAAGUUUUAAGUAAAUUUGAUCUUCAGAGACUUUGCAGGGUUAUUGGAGCUACUCCUUUAGCAAGACUUGGCGCUCCUAUGCCUGAGGAAAUGGGAUAUGUUGAUGUUGUUGAAACUGUCGAAAUUGGUGGCGAUAGAGUAACAGUAUUUCGUCAAGAAAAUGAAAUUACCAAAACAGCUACUAUAGUAUUAAGAGGUGCUACUCAAAAUUAUUUAGAUGAUGUAGAAAGAGCAAUAGAUGAUGGUGUAAAUCUUGUUAAGGCUAUUGUUAAAGAUCCUCGUUUAGUUGCUGGUGCUGGUGCUACUGAAAUGGAACUUUCUAAACGAAUUUCCGCUUAUUCUGAAAAAGUCCCCGGGAUUUUUCAAUAUCCAAUAAAAAAAUUUGCUGAAGCAUUUGAAGUAAUUCCAAGAACUUUGGCUGAAAACGCCGGAUUUGAUUCUACAGAAAUUAUUGGCAAACUUUAUGCCUUUCAUCAUACUGAUAAUAACGUAACUAUUGGCAUAGAUAUUGAGGGAAAUAAUGAUGUACCAUUUGAUGCUAAACUCGCCGGUAUUUUUGACGUCUUAUCUGUAAAAUUAUGGGCUUGUAAACUUGCCACUGAAGCUGCUCUCACAAUUCUGCGUGUUGAUCAAAUCAUCAUGUCUAAACCUGCUGGCGGUCCUAAACCACCCGGUCCAAAUCCAAACUGGGAUAACGAAUAAUCUAUUCUUCAUCUAUUUCUACUCUUAUUCAUCUUUUUAUCUUCUU